UGGCCCCUUUGAGGGAGGUAUUGUGCCUCUGUGUUGUUUUUAUGCCACUCUUUUCUCUAAAUAACCAACAUUUCUGCAACGAAACACCUUUACCCGUCUCGUCUAUUUACACGUGGGCUCUUAUUCAGCUGCAACACUGGAGCUUUCUCUGUUUUGGCGGUUUAUAAACAUGGAGAGAUGUGUGUGAAAACGCCAUUCAGCUGUAUAGUGCCAUCAAUGGACAUUAGCUGUUGAUUUCAUGAUGAAUGACAUGAACCUGAGUCCUGUGGGCAUGGACCAGCUCAGUGUGCCCUCAGUGAGCGCCAGCCACCUGGGUCUGCCCACUUCCCCCACCCACAAUCCCAUCCCCACCCCAGGCAUGCCGGUGGCCAUCCCCAGCUUGGGUCCUUCCCUCGGUUCCCUUCCUUCAGCCCUGUCUUUGAUGCUCCCCAUGGGUCCACUGAGUGACAGAGGAGUGAUGUGUGGCCUGCCUGAAAGGAAUUACUCCCUCCCUCCCCCUCCGUACCCUCACCUGGAGAGCAGUUACUUCCGACACAUACUCCCAGGUAUUCUUUCCUAUUUGGCAGACCGUCCACCACCGCAGUAUAUUCACCCCAGCAGUCUUAACAUGGACGGCACCCUGUCAGUACCCAGCAACAAUCCCUCGGGUCUGGACCCCUAUAGUGGCCCUGGAGGUCCGCUGGAGCAGGGCCUGGUGCCUAUGGACUCCAGACAGGUCAGCGGUCAGGGGGACCUCCACCAGACUGGUGCUCAUGAGCUGGACUCCACCGGUUUAACGAUGGAGUCUCGUGUUAGUAGCCCCAUGUCCCCAGACCGGAUGGGAGAGGAGCUGGCGACCAUGGAUGGGGUCGGGGUGGUGCCGGACACCCAGCAGCAGCUCGGUGGGGGGCGUCAGCCGCAGCCUCAUGAGGGCUUGACCGGGGUGGACUCCUCUGGUGGGGUGAUGCCCCUCCAUGGCCCUCCUGUGCUGGAACUACCUGUGGUCAUGGAUCCAGACCACCUUGGGGGACGGGUCGGUAACUCUGGGGGAGGAGGGGCCGGGGGCCUGGGGGAGCAGCUGCAUACAAACGGAGAGCUGACCUCUGGUGUUGUGAGUGUGGUGCUCACCGGCUCCAUGUCCAGCCAGAGCCAGCUGGAGCCUGUGUCACUACACGGCCACACUGGGAUGGGGCUGGAGGCAGUCAACGUGUCCCCGAUCACAGCGGAGGUGUCUCUGGGGCCAGAAAACAACCUGGUCCUGGUCAACUCCACACUGCAGCUCGAGGACUCGACGUCGAGCAAGGAGAACAUGGUCCCCGGCUACACCAUCUGGUGCACACUGUGUGAGCGCUCAUAUACCUCAGACUGUCCCGAGCAUGGCCCAGUCACGUUCAUCCCGGAUGCGCCCAUCCAAAGCCGAGCUCGCCUCUCUCUGCCACGACCACUGUGCCUCCGUAUCUCAGUGGCUGAUGAACCGCUUGGAGUGUUUGCACGAGAUGUUAUUCCUCCAAGAACCUGCUUUGGACCGAUGGUGGGUCAGCACUGCAGCAAUGUGGAUCUCUCCGAUUGGCCAGAAAAGGACACGCCUCAAAUAUGGAAGAUGUACCACAACAACGUGCUGGAGUUUUGCAUUGUGACAACGGAUGAGAACGAGUGCAACUGGAUGAUGUUUGUGCGCAAAGCAAGGACCCGUGAAGAGCAGAAUCUGGUGGCGUACCCGGCCAACGGUAAACUCUUCUUCUGUACAACCACGGAGAUCCACCCUGACCAGGAGCUGCUCUUCUACUACAGCAGAGACUACUGCAGGCUGAUGGGCGUUCCCCAGGUGCUCGAUGGCCAGCUCUGCCAGUGUGGCAAAGAGUGCUCCUCCUUCAACGAGCUCAAGUCUCAUCUGAGCAGCCACAGCAGCACACACAGCCAUAACCAGCCCCCACACGGCCACAGCCCCCCGCAGCAGGACCACUCCCAGCAGCAGCAGCCUCCGCCGCCGCCACCUCCACCUCCACCGCCGCAGCAGCAGCAAGAACAGCAGCCUCAGCAGCAACACACUCACCAGGAAGAGAAGCUCACCAAUGGCACGUCGAGCUCCUCCUCCUCCCCGUGGACCUGCCACAGCCACGCUGCGGGACAGCCAAAUAACAGCGACAGUGGCGGCGGCGCAGCCAGCAGUACUCGGAACACUACAAACGGCGCCUCCAGAGCGAAAGGUCAGGGCCACGUGCGGGAGAAGAAGUUCAAGUGCAACAUGUGCUCCCAGGCUUUCAUCACGUCCACAAAGCUCAACGUGCACUUCAUGGGACACGUCGGAAUGAAACCGCACAAGUGCGAAUACUGCAGCAAGGCCUUCAGCGACCCCAGUAACCUCAGGAUGCAUCUCAAGAUUCACACAGGUCAGAAGAACUACAGGUGCACCGUUUGCGAGAAGUCGUUCACUCAGAAAUCCCACGUUGCCUCACACAUGCUCAUCCACACGGGUGCAGAGAAGCUCAAGUGUGACCUCUGCGACCGGGCGUUCAUCCGAAAGCACGACCUGAAGCAGCACAUGUUCUCUCACACACAUGAGCGCCGGAUCCAGUGUCCAAAAUGCAACAAACACUUCCUCAAGACAAACCACCUGAAGAAGCACAUGAACUCUCACGAGGGUCGAAGAGACUUCGUCUGCGAGAAGUGCCACAAAGCCUUCCUCACGAAAUACCACCUCACACGACACCUCAAGAUUUGCAAAGGGCCCAAGACGGACAGACCCUCGCGGAAGGACCAGGAUGUUGAGCAAGAAGAAGAGGAAGAGGAGGAGGAUGAGGAAGAGGAGGAUAGCAGAGGAGGUAGAAGAGGAGAGAGACUUGUCGAUUCGGUCAGUAAUGAAGACUGCGGUUUAGAUGUCGGAGGAUAUAACUCUGAAAAGUCUUUGUCGCCCCCUCAUUGACGACAUACUUCUUAACGCAUUUUAUUUAUUUACUCCUCUACAGUACCGCCGUUUACCUCUCGUUUCCCGCCAAAUAUUACAUUGUGUAAUGUCUUUUGUAAUCGACAAAUUAACUGCCAUGUUUUACAUUAAAAUGUAUGGAUUUGUUUUUCAUAAAACUGUCAUUGCUGCUAAAAAAUAUUUGUCCUAUCGUAUUUUAAAAAUUUUGACUGUAUUCCUGUUAAGCUACUUUCCUUUCAUUAACUCAGGCUUGUGUAAAGUUCUUGGUUGUUGGGUUUAUAUAAGCUAUUAUUAAUUUAAUUUUUUUCAUUAUAUUUCAAUAUCAUAGCUGAUAUGCAUUUAUGGUUGCACAGUCAGGUCAAUUAUUCAAAAUUAUAAUUGCACACCUUUGUGUUUCCGGUUAGAUUAUGUCAAAUUUUACUUUACUUUUUGGCAAUCUCUCUCGAAAGCAGAAUUUUUUCAUCUUUCUAAUAAUCUUAUUUUUGGCAAGGGGCAAAUAUUGUUGAAGAGGAAUUUGGGCAUUACCUGAUUGCGGUAUAUACAGUGAUUUCAUUCAAUAAUAUAGCUUCUCUCUACUUUCUGAGUUCAAUAAACCACCUAGACAUAAUUCUUGUCUCUGUCCCUUAUGUUUCUUAUCAUGUAACAUUUGUCACUGAAUAAUGAUGGCAGGUAACCUGUCUACAAAACACGAUCUGUGUAAAAUAAACCAUUAAGCAGACUAAUGCAUCUCUUGCCAUCUUGUUUUCAAAAGUAAACUGUCUGGGGAAAAUUAAUUACAGUAAUAGAUCAUUCAAAGAAAAGGGAAACAAGAAACAUCUACAAAUAGGAUACAAAAUUGGAAUGGUAAUGUCAAAAAGAAAUAUGAAAUUUUUUAAAACAUUUUAUUUAUAGGCAGAGAUAUGGAUACGAGACAUAAGAGAUAUGGUA